GAAACUUUGGCGGGGCUUCCUGACACUCUCGCACGCACCCCGCCAGUUGUGUAUACCUUGAACAAGAGCUUGGAAUUCUUGCCGCGGUCCACACUGCCCGCUAGAGAAACUUCACAACCUUCUUAAAUCGAUUGCUGCGCAAAGAAGCCCAAUUCGGCGGCAUGCCUCACGCUACGCUGCCCUCCCCGGGCUUCCAGGCCCUCAUUCUGUGCGGGCCUGGAGCUUCCCUCGGUACCUUCACCUCCUCGCCAAAGGACAUACCAAAGGCUCUUCUACCUAUUGCAAACCGACCUAUGGUUUGGUACCCAUUGGAGUGGUGCUACCGCAUGGGAGUCACAGAUAUCACAAUAGUCACUCCUCCAGAGUCACUAGAAGCCAUCGAAGCUGCCAUGUCCCAGAACCCGCAUCUCACAUCGCUCCCCUCACCAAAGCCCGACCUGAUUGCGCCGAAAGACCUGACACACGAGACCGGAACCGGGCACCUCUUCCGGCUACCCGAAGUGCAGGAUGCUAUCAAGGGCGACUUCAUCGUGCUUCCCUGCGACAUUGUCUGCGAAUUAGACGGCACGGCGUUGGCGGACGCGUGGAUGGUCGAGGAAGCUGGACUCGGCGCUGCGAGCGGGGGAUUGAAAGACACGGGGAAGAUACCCAUAGGUGUCGGCGGCGAGAAACUCGGCAGGAGAGGCGGCCUAGGCGUGUGGUACCAGACCAAGGGCGAAGGCAGCAAAAAGGGCGAAGAGACAGACUUCAUCGCGACCACACCUCUCCCGACACCAAUCGUCCCGCCGCCAACAGAUUCAUUACGGCGCGACAUCUCAAACCUCGUCUACACGGUUCCGACCGAUACCCUAAACGACAUCACAGAAGAGAACAAAUGCUUCCCCGUUCGGCAUUCCCUCAUCCGCAAGCACGGCCGGAUAAAGAUGCUCACCACACACCGAGACGCCCAUAUCUACUUCUUUCCCUACUGGGUCCUAGAGAUGAUAAAAAAGAACGAGAAAUUCGAAAGCAUUAGCGAGGAAGUGCUAGGCUGGUGGGCAAAAUCGGGCUGGCAAGACGGGCUAGGAGAAAAGCUCGGCCUGCGACAGGUCUUCCAUCCCGAGGACGGCUCGGGCAGCGACUCCGGCUCGCAGGUCGUCGAGGAGGAAAUCGACGUCUCCAAGUUCAGCACCACGUACGCCAACGGCCGCGCACACAACAACUUAUCGCCAACACCAACGACGCUGGCUUCAAGAGUACGAGACUCCAGCGUCUCUGGAGCAGCCAAGUCCAUCACCCCAUACAAACCGAAACUCACCAUUCCUCCCAUCCUAGCCUACGUGCAACCAUCGGAUCCCUCCGUCCCGCUCAUCCGCCGCGUCGACACCGCACACCUCCUCCUCACCAUCUCCCUGCGCCUGGCAAAGCUCCCCUCGAUCGAAGAAGUCGGCCGCGACGCCGCCUCUCCCUUCGCCCACGCCACCAAAAUCGCACACCGACACACCAUCCCGAGGAAGUGCCGGAUAGAAGCCGAGAACUCCCUACUAGCCGAAAACAUCGUCGUUGAAGAGAAGUGCAACGUCAAAGAAUCCGUCAUCGGCCCGAACUGCAAGCUCGGCGAGGGCGCGCGGCUCCUCAGGUGUCUGUUGAUGGAUGGCGUGGAGGUCGGCGCCAACGUGCAGCUGACGGACUGUAUACUAGGGCGGAGAUGCAAGGUUGAAGGCGGCGCGGCGAAGGGGGAUGAGAGGACGAUAUUGAAGGAUUGCGAGGUGCAGGACGGGCAGGUUGUUGAGUGGGGCACGGAAGCGAAGAAUGAGAAGUUCAUGCGGUUUGAGCUGCCGAGCGAUGAUGGAGAGGAUGAAGGGGGAUUUGGGGAUGAUGAGAUGAUGAUGGAUGAGUCUGAGGGCGUCUCGCAGCGGUAAUGUGAUGUUUUUCCCGAGCGCUGUUCGAAGGAGGCGGUAUAUCGCUUGAAAAAGCAUUCGAAUAUCCCACCCACCC